UGGUCGAACACGUUGACGGCACCCUGCUGUUUCACUGUCACGUGUCAGACACCCGGGGGCAGCACCAGGCCGCACAGUCCGCCGGAGGAGUCGCGAUAACCGGUUCGAACGGGACACUCACUUUAUCGCACCCCGGGCUGCGCUUUUCUUUUUUCUCUCUCACCCUCUUCUCCUUUUUUUUCGACGCGUCAACGAGGAGGAGAGGCGUGAUCAGACACGCCGAUGAACUCGAACGCGUUGUGAAAAUAGACCCGCCUCCAUCCAAAAAUAACUGCAGCGCGCCGAAACAGGAAACUAGUGCGCUUCACCUCUUGCAGGAUCGCCGAUGCGCUCGCUAGUUGACACUCGAGCAGGUUCCCAAAACACACACGACCAGCGGCACCGCGCCUCCGUCUCUUCGCCUGAACUCGAGGGAGUCGUUCGGGAGAGACAGCUCACACAGAUGACCUCUUUUUACGACGACAAGGAUCUGGAGGAAGAGCUCAGUCGGGUCAACUGCCUUGAUGAGGAUUUGGAGUUUGAGUACUUGUUUGAAUAUGAACCACCUUGCAGCGACUUUGCUGCAGGAUAUCAAGAUGAUCCCAACCUUGCACCUCACAAAGUGCUCAGCCCCGAGCAGGCUUUUCCCCUGGACGAGGUCUCCCCUUACGGCAUCAAGUCCUGCAGUCCCUCCUACAGGGACCACAGCGCUGAGGUUCUCUCGGGAUAUGAGAACCAGGAGGCCCGACACUACCUGGACAGUACCCGGCCUGCGGGCCUGGCCCUGAGCCCGCGGAUCGAGAUCACCCCGUCCCGUGAGCACUACAUCCACGGUCGGGACUCCCUGCAGAACCAGCACCUAAACAUAAGCCCCAGACCCACCCUCGCCGUGCCCGGCCACGAAAAUCAAUCGUACCGUGAGCCUCAGUGCCUGAGUCCCGCCAGCAGCAACUCCUCCACCAGCUGGCACUCUGAGAGUUACUCCCCCUGGGCGUCCCCCUGUGUGUCCCCCAGCAACGGCCAGAACACCGGAGACCUGUGUCCCAGAUUGCAGAACAUCCACGCCGGCUCCCCCCGCACCUCCCCCGGCACCUCCCCGCGCGCCAGCCUAGCCGAGGACGGCGGCCUGGGCACCCGCUCGCCCUCCUCCAGGCCCGGCUCCCGCUCCGCCUCCCCGCAGGGCAAACGCACCUACGACAUGUACAGGAACCCGGGCCUGGUCCCGGGGCACCGCUCCCGCAGUCCCUCCCCUCACAGCGGCCACGAAGAUCACAGCGUAGCUUCCCAGUACACGCACGGCGGCCCGGCCGACGCCGUGAACGGUUUCGGCGCCGGGCAGCCGGGCCUGGUGCCCACUAAGAUAGUCAAGACGUCAAACCAGGUUUACACUCUGUACUCGGAGAACCACGCAGAAGGGAACUACUUGGUGUCCUGCGACCAGGACAUAAAAGCCAAACCGGCCGCAGAGCCCUUCUUUGUUAUCCCCCAAAUCUGGUCCAAGCCGCUGGUUUCCAGCAUCUGCAGCAUCCCCGUGGCUUCCCUCCCACCGCUGGAGUGGCCGAUCCCCAGACGCACAGACCAGUAUGAGCUCCACGUUGAGGUGCAGCCCAAACCACACCACAGGGCUCAUUACGAGACAGAGGGCAGCAGGGGUGCAGUCAAAGCCCCAACGGGAGGACAUCCAAUUGUGCAGUUACAUGGCUACAGAGGAAAGGAGACACUUGGCCUGCAGAUCUUCAUCGGCACAGCGGAUGAGCGCAUCCUCAAGCCCCACGCCUUUUAUCAAGUGCACCGCAUCACUGGUAAAACCGUUACGACCACCAGCUACGAGAAGGUCAUCCACGGCACCAAAGUCCUCGAGAUCCCCCUGGAGCCAAAGAACAACAUGAGAGCAAUAAUCGACUGCGCCGGGAUCCUGAAGCUCAGGAACGCCGACAUCGAGCUGCGGAAGGGCGAGACGGACAUCGGUCGGAAAAACACCCGAGUUCGCCUGGUGUUCCGUGUGCACAUACCUCAGCCCGGAGGACAACACGUCUCUCUCCAAGUGGCCUCGCAUCCCAUUGAGUGUUCCCAGCGAUCAGCACACGAGCUUCCCAUGGUGGAGAAGCAGGACAUGGACAGCUGCUCUGUUCUGGGCGGCCAGCUGAUGAUCCUCACCGGGCAGAACUUCAGCUCCGAUUCCAAGGUCAUUUUUUUGGAGAAAAGCUCUGAUGGGCAGCUCAUCUGGGAAACGGAAGCCACAGUGGACAAAGACAAGAGCCAGCCUAGUAUGCUGUUUGUGGAGGUGCCCUCCUACCAAGACGCGUCGGUCUGCCAUUCUGUCAAAGUGAACUUCUACGUAAUUAAUGGCAAGAGGAAGCGCAGCCAACCUCAGCAUUUCUCCUACACACCCCUUUCAUGUCCAUCCAUCAAGACCGAGCCCGUAGAUGAAUACGAGUCAGACCACAUGGGCUUCACCAUGGCUCAGAUUUUGGGUUUAUCCCCCCAUUCCUACUACCAGAACCCUCGCGGCGGCCUUCAUCCGGACAGCGGCCUGAUCUCCGGCAUGGCCUCGUGCCAGCGCCUCGGCUCCAGCCUCCCGAGCCAAGACGUCCGCUUCCAACAGCAGAGCCCGGCCAUCGUGUACUCCCGCGGGGGCAAGAGCCUGAGCGGGGGCCCCGGGGGCCUUUGUCAGCAGACCGGCGGGUUGAUGCCCGACCCCCACCGCUCGGUCCUGGUGCACACGGGCUCCCCGGCUCCGUCUGCGGGUCCCACCGGCGGAGGCCAGCCCGCUUCCAUCAUCCAGUUCUCCACCACCAACCAGCACCUUCUUCGCGGGGGUGACCCUCAACCUCUGGCUGCCCCUCAGCCCGACGGCCAGCAGAUCGUCUACUGCGAUGGCUUCUCCCCACAGGCCGCCGCCGCCGGCCACUCGCCCACGCCCCCCCAGGCCCAGACGGCGAUGACCCACCCGCAGCGCUAUCCCACCGUUAUCCAGCAGCAGCAGCAGCAGCCCUACGUCCAGAAGGAGCAGCAGAAAGGCCAGACCCCACCCGGCGCGGAGCAGAUGGAGGCUCCGGGAGACGUUCAGAGGAGGGUGACGGUCAAGGAGGAGAACUUGGACCAGGCAUACCUAGAUGAUGGUGAGUUGAAUGAGAUCAUAAGAAAGGAUCUGACGGGCGUUCAGGCCAGAGGGCAGACAUAGAGGACGGAUCCAAGCAGGAAAUUACAGCAUACGCCCCCCCCCCCCCCCACACACACACACAGAGCAGCAAUCAGACCUGGCCUUCCUCAUCUUCUUUAACCACGGAGGAAGCAACAUCCGCUGCCGACUGCUGUGUUUGCUUUUGGAUGCUUUCCUGCAAUAAACAGUUUAAUUUGGCAAACAGAAGAAUUCAUCUUACCGUUUUUAACGUCUGCCACACGCUUUCCAAAAAACGGAAACACCCGGCGAAUGUACCUUGUUUUUCAUAUUUCGUUUUCUGUUGAAGUUUGGAUUCAGUUCAGCCAUACAGAGGGAUGGAGAUGCGAUGAAGUAAAGCAUUAGCCGUGGCGUUCAGGUUAUGAACUCACAGCUGUUUGCCUCCCACAUGUUUGCUUCAUACUUGUGAAGGACAGUUAUGUAUGGAGCCGUUUGCAAUUUGUGGAUUUCUUUUAUUUCAAGUAAAUUUGUUUGUCAAUAGCUUUGUUUCAUUCCAAAUAUUAUCAACCAAAUAGCUCUUGUGGCCAAAAAGCUUGGCAUCGUUUUUGUUUGAAUGCUUCUUGCACAAAAUGUGUUUCCUUGUGUUUGACUUGAUUUGUAGUCUUACAAUAAAGGAUUGUCUAAUGCUUACGUGCUGAUCAUCUCAGUUUUAGUGCAGUUUUCUGAUUGAAGUGAAGCGCACUCUGCCUUAACCAUAUUCCAAUGAACUAUUGCGUUACCUCCUAAUAUGCACUGUUUUCGAUGACAAGGAGUCAAUGUUAUUACUUUUUUCACGUAAUGUUUGAGUCAUGUGAAUAAUAGCCAAUGACCAUUUUAUAUCCCUUUAAAUAUAUAUUGCAUCAUAUUCAGGUUAUAAUGCCAAAGUGGCUUCACUUCACUGCCACGCCAAAACAACAGCAUGAUUCUACAGUUUUUUAAAUGUUACAUUUCCCAGAGCAGAUUUUUUUCCCCUGUCUUUCAUCAGAAAUUAUUUUUAAAAGUCUGUCUCUAUCAAGGUGGUCUUGCUUUUUCAAUCGUAUUUGUAUAUUGUAUUUGUAAUAUUCUCAACAUUGAUUGUAGUAACAUAUGUGGCUGCCUCGACAUUCUAAAACGAAAUAUUCCAAAGAAGUUACUGUCGUACUGUUUUGCGUAUAGCUGAAUUCUGAGUAUUUCAUAAUGAUCAGACAUUGUUAUACUCAAAGCUACAUGCCUGCCUAUGCAGAAGCGUCCUGCUUUUCCGAAAUGCAGCAAUGGGACGUAAUUAUACUUCAUAUGCGCUGUAAGCAGAGUACGGGAACACAGUGUGUAAACUCAUGUGCUAAUACAAGGUAUUUUAACGGGAAAAGCUGUACUUUAAAACAAUGUUUUUGUAAUUUUUACAGGGGGAAUUUGUAGUAUAUUGAAAGUGCAGCAGGCCAUUUUUUAUGAUUGUAAAGAGAAAAAGGUAGCAAGUGAAGUAAAGUGGUAAAAACACAUAAUUGGGGGAAAUUGUAAGACUGAAUCUUGGUUUUUAGUAUUUGAAAUGCACCUAUUUGAUAAAAGAUUUUAUUUUGUGAUAUUAGUAAAACUAAUAUUGAUCUAUUAAUGAUAUUGCUCAUUGAGCCAAUGCAUUUGACAUUUAAUGAAUGUAAUCUAUUUUAAUAAAUGUUUCCCUUUUUACUGUAAAUAGUGUGUCAACGUCAAAAGAGGAUAAAAGAGAAACAAUUUCUUGUCUGAGUAUCUUUUACAUACUUAUGUUUAUUAAUUACACAAAGUUCAAGUUAUCAUCAUAUGUUAUCUGUUUUGUUACAAUGUAAAACUAUUUCUCAAGUGAAUUUUGAUACAUAAAUUGUUUGUGGCCAUAGUUUAGUUUUGUUUCUGCUUUUGUUAUCAUUUUACAAUCUUUAAAGAGAUCAUCGCAAAUGAAAAUGUUUUUAAUACGUUCUUAUUUUAUUUCCUUUGAUGAUGUUGUCGCCUCUACUAGACCUUGUGCCGCCUUAAAAAACCUCUUCAUGCUAUUUUUGUAUUCUUAAGUAGCAAUAAAUACUAAUCAUAUACAUCA